GUUUUUACUCAUGCAGGAGAAAAAUUAAUGAGUGAACUCGAAAUCGGCGAUUAUGUGCUGGUUCCAGCGAGCAAGAGGGUGUUAAGAUACGAGCGAAUUGAAAUGUUCUAUCAUCGCCGGCCAGAUGUACGAGCGAAAUUCGUCGUAAUAGAAACAGAAUCAGGACGAAAGCUUAGCCUUACAGAACUUCAUCUUAUUCCAAGUGGGAAUUGUGAAGAAAUGAGGCAAAAUUUGAUGGAUAUGACUGAUAUUGAAGAAUGGAUGCACAAAUCACGUUUUGCUUAUAAAGCUCAAAUUGGUGAAUUUGAAUUGAAACUACUUACUGGGAAUUGCAGAAUCUAUUCUCCGAUGACUAUCGAAGGUUCAAUUAUUACUGAUGGCAUACUUGCUUCUUGCUUUUCGCAAAUUGAAAGCCAUUUCGCGCAAAAAAUUGUCUACGACAUUCUUGUUUUAAUUCGGCGAGGUUUCGGCUUUUUGAUGACGGCAUUAAAUGAUCCAAUACAACACAUUCCAUCAUUUAUCAAUUCCGUUCACUAUAUUAGUCAUAGUUUUGUUCCAUUUGUUAAAUAUUAA